AGUGGCCACACUGCUUGCCGGUCAGCGGGCGGGAAGGUGGGCGGCCUGGGUGGUGCCAUGACGCUGUUCAGCCUGAGCAUCCUCUACAAAGGUGACCCCAAGGCGGUGCUGCUCAGGGCUGCCUACAACGUGUCAUCCCUCAGCUUCUUCCAGAGGACCAGUGUUCAGGAAUUCAUGACCUUCACCAGCCAGCUGAUCGUGGAGCUCUCUGCCAAAGGCAGCAGGGCUUCCGUCAAGGAACAAGAAUAUCUGGGCCACGUCUACGUGCAGAACCACAGUCUUGCAGGAGUGGUCAUUGCUGACAGCGAGAACCCGUCCCGGGUGGCUUUUACCUGGCUGGAGAAGGUGCUGGACUAUUCCUCCAAGCAGGUGGACGGGAUCGACUGGCCAGUCAGAUCCCCUGCUACCAUCCACUACAUAGCCCUGGAUGACUUCCUUAGUACCUACCAGAAUCCCCGAGAAGCUGACCCCGUGAGUAAAGUGCAGGCUGACCUUGAUGAGACCAAGAUCGUUCUGCACAACACCAUGGAGUUCCUGUUAGGACGAGGCGAGAAGAUAGACGACUUGGUGUCCAAAUCCGAAGUGCUGGGAAUUCACUCUAAAGCAGCGAACCACUGCUCUAAAGCCUUCUACAAAACAGCCCGGAAGCAAAAUUCGUGCUGUGCAGUCAUGUGACCGUAGUCUGCAGAGGCCCCCUUGCUGCAUUCCCAGUCAUUCCAUCAGAAC